AUGACCACUACUGCAUCUGUAACAUCACCACCAACCUCACCACCCGCAAAAAGAGUCAAGACCACUCCCUCAACUACAACUACUAGCAACACUGACAACACUACUGAAGCAAUGUCUUCCUCCGACAACACCACCACCACCACACCCCAACCCCCCAUCCCCGUCCCCAACCUCGACCAAUCUCCCCCCCUCCUAAUCAAAAAACUCUCCCCCGCCGCCAAACUGCCCACGCGCGGGAGUCCCUUCUCCGCCGGCUAUGACCUGUACGCCGCACACCCGACGACCAUCCCCUCUCGCGGCAAAGCCCUAGUCGACACCGACAUAGCCAUCGCCGUGCCCGCCGGCACCUACGGCCGCAUAGCCCCGCGGUCCGGCCUAGCAGCCAAGCAUUUCAUCGACACGGGCGCCGGCGUCAUCGACGCCGACUACCGGGGCCAGGUCAAGGUUCUACUAUUCAACCACUCGGAUGCGGAUUUCGCCGUCGCCGAGGGGGACCGGGUCGCCCAGCUCGUCGUGGAGAGGAUUUAUACGCCCGAAGUGCUCGAGGUGCAGGAGCUGGAGGAGAGCGUGCGUGGGGCGGGCGGGUUUGGAAGCACGGGGACGAAUUAG